AUGGGCGUUUGCAGCGGCCAACCGGUGGAGCACCGAAGGUCGACUCGCCCUCACGAGGAGCAUUUCCCCAUGUGGGUGAUGAAGGUCAGCCACGUCCUGCGCAUGACAGGCUCGCCUUUGAGCUACCAGGAGCUGCAGGCCGCUGGGUACGGAAAGCUUGCCGAGCUCGGGGCAGGGGACGUUUGUCGUGUCGUGACCGCCGGGGGUGGCGCGAAAAACUCAAAGUGGCGCCAAAUCCGGCAACGACUCAUUGGCGUGCAGGUGCAGAGCGCCGAUUGGACCGAGGCGGCCUGUGGAAGCGCGCUGCUUGCCCUUAGAGGCUCCGGCUUGCUCGGCUGA